UUUCACCGAUGGCCGUCAAACCGAAAUUAGUGGUAUUUGAUUUAGAUUAUACAUUAUGGCCUUUCUGGAUUGAUUCACAUUAUGAUGCCCCUUUUACAAAGAUCAGCAAAACAAAUGUCAAAGAUUGUCAUGGAAAACAGGUGCCAUUUUACACUGAUGUGCCAAAGAUUUUGCAGAAGUUGAAAACAGAUGGCAUUCAAAUAGGUGUAGCAUCAAGAACAUCAUGUACAAUUGAAGCCAAAGAGCUAAUCAAAUGUUUCGAAUGGGACAAAUAUUUUGAUUAUGUACAGAUUUUUCCUGGAGCUAAAACCACCCAUUUUAACAAUAUAAGAAGAGACAGUGGAAUAGACUACCAGGACAUGAUUUUCUUUGAUGAUGAACACAGAAAUAUACGAGAUGUUUCCAAGUUAGGCGUUACAUCCUUCUUCGUUCCUCAGGGAGUCCAAAAUGAAGUUAUACGAUGUGGAUUUGAGAACCACAAAAAUGGGGUCAAGCACAAUAUAUAGAGUUGUACUUUAAAAGUGUCCUCCACACCUCUGGAAAGAAAUCCUCAUAUCAGCUCAUAAUGAUGUAUUCUAUAAAAAUAUGAUAUUCUUACAGUUGUAUGAUUUUUAAUUCAUUGAAAAAAAUUUGCAUUUACAUAGUCACACAUGUAGCAAUUCAAUCUAAUUAAAAUUAGACCUUUCAUCUCGCUCUGUUACGUAUGGUUAUCACUCUUGAAAGGAGCGAUAACCAUACGUAACAGAGAGCGAGAUGAAAGGUCUAAUUUUAAUUAGAUUGGUAGUAAUUCUACUUUAAGAGGACUGGAUGGUCUCGGCCAUUUUUAGACUGUAUUGAUCUCCUUUAGAAGAAGAGCUCUGUAUAAUGUUAAAGGAAGAUAUCUAAAAAAUAUCAAAAUUUCCUUUACUAAAUAAUAGAAAAUGG